AUGUUGUUGAGUAGGUAUCAAUUCUGCAGAAAUACCGCAUCUGGUUUACUUUCAGCCAGUCGGAGAGAGUCCUCUGAUGCUAACAAUGUGCUCGUUUUUUGUACGUUAAAAUGUUGUUCAGUAGGUAGCAAUUUUGCUGCAGAAACUAACAAUGUGUUUGUUAUUUGUUCACAGGGAUGCAGACCUGCAGAACGCAUGGAUGGGAUUGGGUGCUCCGUGUCACCAAGCCCAUGUUCCUCAUAUCAGCCAAGUCCGCGGGCAUCAUACAAUGCGAGCCCUACCUCCUCUUCAUUCCCCAGCGGCGCGUCUUCGCCCUUCCUCCCGCAUUCUAACAACAUGGUUAAUGGCGUUGAUGCAACCCCCAUCCUACCUUGGCUGCAAACGUUCUCCAAUUCGACGGCAUCGAAUAAGCGGCCGCAUCUUCCGCCGCUGCUGAUUCACGGGGGCUCCAUUAGCGCCCCGGUGACUCCUCCACUGAGCUCACCGACCGCUCGCACCCCUCGCAUGAAGACAGACUGGGACGAGUCGGUGAUCCAGCCUCCGUGGCAUGGUUCAAACAGCCCUUGCGUGGUGAACUCCACCCCGCCAAGCCCCGGGCGUCAAAUGGUUCCUGACCCGGCAUGGCUGGCCGGCAUCCAGAUCUCGUCAACGAGCCCUUCAUCGCCCACAUUCAGUCUCAUGUCCUCCAACCCAUUCAGCGUCUUCAAAGAAGCCAUCCCUGGCGGCGGUUCAUCAAGGAUGUGCACGCCGGGGCAGAGCGGCACGUGCUCGCCGGUGAUCCCUGGCAUGGCGCGGCACCCGGACGUUCACAUGAUGGACGUGGUCUCCGACGAGUUCGCGUUUGGAAGCAGCACCAACGGCGGCGCUCAGCAGGCCACCGCCGGACUGGUGAGGGCGUGGGAGGGCGAGAGGAUCCACGAGGACUCCGGAUCGGACGAGCUGGAGCUCACUCUCGGGAGCUCCAGGACGAGGAGCUGA